AUGGACUUCUCCUACUUCUUCUCGUCGUCAUCAGAGAAGAAGUCGUCGAAGCGCCGCCAGCAGCAGCAGCAGGACAGUGGCAACGAGACGAGGUACCUCGGGGUGAGGCGGCGGCCGUGGGGCCGGUACGCGGCGGAGAUCCGGGACCCGGCCACCAAGGAGCGGCACUGGCUCGGCACGUUCGACACGGCGGAGGAGGCCGCCAUCGCCUACGACCGCGCCGCCCGCAACCUCCGCGGCGCCAACGCCCGCACCAACUUCGCCUACCCGGACCUGCCGCCGGGCUCCUCCGUCACCCCCUACCUCUCCCCCGACCUCCCCGCCGACCAGCUCCAGCACUACUACGCCAACCCCCUCGUCACCGCCGCCGCUGAGUCGGCGCCGCCGGCCUGCGGCCAGCCCGCUCAUGGCGGCGCCGACGCUUCGAUGGCCUACGGCGGGAACAACGGUGCCGAGAUGGACAUGUACUUCGACGGCGGCGCCGCCGCCAGUGGGGGUGACAGCAGGGCGUGGUGCGACGCGUCGGAGCUGGACUUCGGCGGCGGCUACAACGACGACGCGGCGGCGGCGGCGGCCAACGCGUCGCACGGCGUGUACUUCGAGGAAGGGUAUGUGCACAGCCCUCUGUUCUCGCCGAUGCCGGCGGCCGAUGAGGUCAACGGGUUCCAGCUCGGCGGCUCGUCGUCCUCGUACUACUACUGA